AUGGGUUUGCUGCUGCUGUUGUGCUUCCUGUGGAUGGCCACCACGGCGCACGGCCAGUUAGGCUCAGGUAAAAGAAACUCUCCUGGUCGCGGCUUCAGACGGAAGUCUGAUCUUCAUCAUCACGAACCAAUUUUCUAAUCUUUGCAGGAUUCAUCAGCAUAGACUGCGGUUUGGAGGGGGGCUCAAACUACACAGAUCAGUUCUCGGGGAUUGUCUACUCGCCGGACACCGGGUACGUCGACGGAGGCGUAAACGUGGCGGUCCCCUCGGCGCCCGACAUCAGCUCCCUCGCCCAGAGGUAUGGCAGCAGCCGGCAGCCCUGCGUUUUAGUUAGAUGAUUUAACAGACGUGCGAUUAUUCCAACAGAUAUUUCACUCUGCGGAGCUUCCCCAACGUGACUCGGAACUGCUACACGAUUGGCCCCAUCGAGGCGGGUGGCAAGUACCUGGUAAGAGACGGGUUCUUGUACGGCAAUCACGACGGCAAGAACCAGGCGCCGGAGUUCGAUCUGUACCUCGACGUAAACGUCUGGCAGACCGUGCAGACGCUGGCGGACGACACUGUGAUAGCGGAGAUCAUCGCCAUCUCCCCCGCAAACGUGAUGCAGGUCUGCGUGGUGAACACUGGUAUGGGGACCCCCUUCAUUUCCGUCCUGGAGGUGAGGCCCCUUCCAGAUUUCCUGUAUCCGAUCGUCAAACAAUCCCAGGCGCUGGUCCUCCACGAGAAACGGGUCGACUAUGGUGGAAGCAAAAGCACGAGGUCAGAGCACCUAAUCUGUCGCUCUGUGGCUCCGUCUCCCUCUUUCUAACUCUCUCUCUCUCCUUGGGGACUAAAUACGGUGACAGGUUUCCGGCGGAUCCUUAUGACCGCAUCUGGUUCAUAGCCUCUAACCGGACGGGGUGGAGGACGGUGAGAACAGACGGGCACAUCAACACACCCGAGGGCGACAUAUCACGGGUGUCGGCGAACGUUCUGACGACGGCGACCGUCGCCAAGAGCUUGGCCUUCAAGUUGUCAUGUGGACCCGAGGAAAAGCUCUACGUAUUCAUGCACUUCGCGGAGCUCCAGCAGCUUGGGUCCAACGAGACGAGGGAGUUCAACGUAUUCUUGAACGGUGAACUGUGGUAUGGGCCAUACAGGCCGAAGUACAUGACUGCCAUGACUCUGUAUACCAACAGGGCGAGAACAAUAACGACGUAUAACUUCACGCUCGAGGCCACGGCAAAUUCUACACUACCUCCCAUCAUCAAUGCCCGCGAGGUGUACAGCCUGAAACAGCUGGAGGAGUCGCCCACCGACGCCCGCGACGGUGAGUCGCCGUUUUCACUCCUCUUGUACACAUCAGGGUAUGUGGUUGGAAUCGAGGAUCACGGCUAAGCAUUCGGUGAAACGCUCUUCGCGGCUAUCAUUAAAACAGCUAAACAAGUACACGCAUGAAUAAAGGGCCAUGCUUUUCUAUUUAAUCCCAAUCGAUUUAUUUUCACAUCAUUAUGGCCAGGCGUCAUUAUUGCCUAGCUGUCACAUAUAUUAAAGUGAUUCUAUUUUUUCCUACGUGACAGCUAACGCGAUCCUGAAGUUUAAAGAUUUCUACAAAGUGAAGAAGAAUUGGCAAGGGGACCCGUGCUUUCCCCGAAAUAUGACGUGGGAAGGUGUAAGCUGCGGCUACGAUGCAUCGGAGAACCUUCGGAUCGUUUCUCUGUGAGCUUUUCUCCUGGAAAAUAUCACUGGGGGCAGCACAUAAUGUACAUCAAUCCUGUUGUUUAGCACAACCUCGGACAUUGAAAGGGUGUUGAAAUUCCUCGCAGAAAUUUACCCCACAGUGGAUUGGCCGGCGGCAUUUCUCAGUUUAUAGUCAAUCUCACGGCUCUAAAGACGUUGUGAGUGUUCUUGAACUUUUCCCUAAUUUGAGGUUGAUCAGAUGGUGUGGUCCUAUAGUAUUGAAUUUAUCUGAAGAUAAAUCGAUAAUGUGCAUAGUAUUUCUUCGAGGGAUUUGGAUAAAAUUAUAUCCGAAGGGUGUCAAUGAGCUGGUCGUCGUCGACAUGAAGGGUCUGAUCUUUUGGAUUGGGUGAAAUAAGGACCGGGUUAUCAUGUCACUGCUGUCAUUCUCAUGCCCCAUGGCCACCACAAGUUCGGAGGACUCGGCCGAUACUGCGUCUGGCACAUUUUUUAUCUGGGCAUUGACUAUGGUGCCCGGUUCAUGGACUUCCUUCGAUGUUAGUCCGAUUAACAUUCGUUGAAGUUGGCUGCUAUAUUUUCCUCCUUUCAUCUCAGGGACUUAUCGCAGAACAAUUUGACUGGAGAAAUUCCUAGUGAUCUCGGAGAGCUGCCGAAUCUUCAAGUCUUGUAGCUUCUUGAAACCCUUGGCUUCGUUAGUUCAGAAAUAUGUUGACGCAAGAGUUAGAGAUAGAUUUUUCUAUUUUGCAGGAACUUGGCAAACAACCAACUAACAGGAAAGAUACCUGAAAUUAUUUACAAAAAAUCACAAAACGGGACAUUGUCAGCAAGGUAACCCCUUUAUCUAGAUGAAUCGUGGUCUAUGCUUGCGCAAAAGAUUUGAAAAUGAUAAAUCUCCCAAAAAUUUUAACUCUUCGGUACAUGACCAACAACUUAUAUGAAUGAUCUUCAAGGCAGAUGUUUUCUGAAUGAUGAAUAGCUACAACUCGAAAGAUAAAUAAAAAAGGGAUCAAAUUUCCACCAAAUCUAUCAAUUUGAUCGAUACUAGACAUUAGAGAGAUCAAAUGCGACUGAACCAGACCCAAAAAAAAGCUGUAUUAGUUAUAGUUGCAUUUAGAUGAGUAAGGAGUUGGAAGAAAUAAGGAUGAUGUUCAAGGACACCUUGAAUGGGCAUCUAGUACUGCAUUUAGCUUUUCUAUUUGCGAAUUAAUAAGAAAUUCGGAGACUUGAUAAUCCCUUUUCAAAAAAUUAUGACACAAAGAAAAACGUUAUAAACUGAUCAUAGAAAAUCAUGUUGGAAAUUUUGUGAUUUUCAUAUUUUUUUUACUGUACAGUGAAUAUGCAUGGACUUUAACUUCAAAUCAAGUAAUAAAAUGACUUUUUGCUAUAUGAUGUAAGCGAUGCAUAAGAUGAGAUUUAAGUAUUAAACAUUCAUUCAUAUGGUAGUGCUUAUUGCCCCAUUGGUUUUCAAAAUUAUGGUUUUACUGCAAUUUAAACACUUAUGCUCCAUGUUUGUUUGGUUAAAAAUGCAGCACUGAUGGCAACACAAAACUUUGCAACAAAGUAGAUUCAUGUGAAAUGAUAAAUGGACAAAAGAAGAGCAUCAUUCUCCUUAUGGUAGGAAUAUGUGUAUCUAGCAUUGUUCUCUUCGGAACAUUUAUACUGGGAUGGAGACUUAAAGGAAGAAAGCGAGGUAUUGUACAAAGUGAACUGACGAUUAUGGCAAUAUUCGUAUGCUGAUUUUAAUAUUUGUUUUACUCAAUCAUGGAUUAGCAAUGCAAUAUCUUCUUGGCAUCGUUUUGACAUAUUUCAUUCUUCAACUCAAGAUAUACGUAUUAUGAAUUCAAGAGACAACAUAGGUCCUCAAGUGACAGGGCGACAACAAGAUUUGGAUUUGGAGAGGCAUCAAUUCUCGUUCUCUGAAAUAGUAAACAUUACAAGAAACUUUGAGUGUAUGAUAGGCAGGGAAGGUUUUAGAAUUGUCUACUAUGGAUUGUUAAAUGAUGACAGACAAGUUGUAGUAAAGAUGCUUUCCCAAUCUUCCCAAGAAGCAAAAGAGUUUCUUGUAGAAGUAAGUCAUAAAUUAUGGAGAUGGGAAAAUGACUAAAAUAUUAAUAGUUUUUUCCUCAUUUUCCAGGGUUAAAUUGCUAUGUAAUGAUCUAAAAUCAAAACAAUUGAUUUUUUUGAAUUUCAGGCCCAAAUCUUGUCGAGGGUCCACCAUAAAAAUCUAGUGGAUUUGCUAGGGUAUUGUGCUGACAUGAAUAAUCUAGCAGUCGUUUAUGAGUACAUGCCGAAAGGCUCACUCUCAGAUCACUUAUCAGGUUUCUAUGGUUUAUAUAUUUUUAAUAGUUAUGUAUUUUUGUAACACUUUUAUCAUGGAGGAGCAAUUUCUCUCUCUCUCACUCUCUCUCUCUCUCUCUCUCUUUCUAUCUCCUUCUUUUGCUGGCUCGUUGUGCAUGUUGAACACACGUUUACAUGGAAAUAGGUAACAGAGAUGGCAACAUCAGACUAAGUUGGGACAUGCGACUAAGAAUAGCAAUAGAUGUGGCUCAAGGUAUCAAUAUUUCAAAAUACUUUGUAUCUAUAUGUACCUAUUUCCUUUUUCUAGUUUCCCCAUUGAGAUACUACUUAUGAAAUCUUCACUUGUAGGACUUUACUAUUUGCACAGCUUUUGCAAGCCAUCUGUAGUUCAUAGAAAUGUAAGGACAGGAAACAUUUUGUUAAGUGCAAAGCUUGAAGCUGAAUUAGGAGAUUUUGGUUUAUCUAGGCUAUUUUGUCAUGAAGAUAUCACUCAUAUAUCAACUGCAGUUGUUGGCACUCCAAGAUAUCUUGAUCCUGAGUAUGUGAAGUUUUCAAACUUUCAUAUAGACUUUACUCUCGCAAUAGAUGCAAAUAAUGAAUUUUAAAAAUUAUAUUAUAUGAAGUAAACAGAAUUUGGACAUCUUUGGUUACAGGUACUAUCAAACAAAUAGGCUGAACGAGAAGAGUGAUGUAUACAGUUUUGGAGUCGUCCUAUUGGAACUUAUAACCAACCAGCCUCCAAUCAGCCAUGAUGCAUAAAGUGCUCCAAUAGUGCCAUGGGUGCAGUCUAGAUUGGAAAGAGGAGAUGUAUCUAGCAUAACUGACCAAAGAUUAAAUGGAGAUUACGAUCUUAAUUCUUUAUCAAAGAUAGUCCAAGUUGCCAUGGCGUGUACAUCACCUACGUCUGGUAGUAGACCAAAGAUGAGUGAAGUGGUCGUGCAAUUGAAAGAGUGCUUGGAAUCUGUGGUUUCACGUGACAUAUCUGGGAGUUUUAGUAUAUAGGGUCAAAUUCAAAUGAUAUAGGCCCUAUUGUUUUUAAUCCAAGCAUAACUCCAUCAUCAAGUAGUAUGCUCUAUGUUGUCAAAUGAUGUGUUAUGUGUUUUCUUAAUUAGGGAAAUAAUGUUGCCUUUUUGUGUAGGUUUUUAACUUUGUUUCUAAGAAGCCGAAAAACCUAGAAUAUGAAAGUACAAGGGAUUUCAAGAAGAAAGAUGGAAGAUCAGAGGAGAAGAACUAGAAGAAUAGAGAAGCGAUAGAGGAGGAAAGGGGAAAAACAAGAAGUAGUUUCCCUUAUUUGAUAAACCUAGUGUUCAAUCGGUUAUAUAAGUAAGUGAUAUAGAGUUGUUGGAUCUGCUUGAGUUCAUCUUAAUUGUCGAUUCUACUUACUAAAGAUAACAGUGGGUACGUGUCAUUUGUUUCCUUCAACAUCCCCCGCAAGUUGAUGGUCAGAAGAACAUUAAGAUUGUUCUUUAGCCAAUGGAACUGAUUUUUGAGAAGAGGCUUCAUUAGUAUAUCAACAAGUUGAUGUGUGUUAGGUAAAAAGCUGAUUUGAAGCUGUUGGAAAGCAACCUUGUCAUGCACAAAGUGAAAAUCUAUUUCGAUGUGCUUCAUGCAUGCGUGAAAGACUAGAUUUGUCAAUAGGUAGGUGAUGCUGAUGUUGUCACGAAACAAAAUGAGAGUACUUGUUGUAGUGAUGCAAAGCUCAUUAAGGAGUGAUUGAAUCCAAAUGAGCUCCGGUGCUGUAUUUUCUAUGGCUUUGUAUUUUGCCUUGGUGCUUGAUCAAGAGAUGGUAAGUUGUUUCUUGGAAGACCAAGACACGAGAUUUCAGCCAAGGUAAACCAAAUAGCCAUUGAUGGAUUGUUUAUCUUCUUUGGAGUUGGUCUAAUUAGCAUCACUAUAAGCUAUAAGCUAUAGAGGUGAAUCAGAAGUAAAAUAUAGACCAAAGAAAAUGGAUCCUUUUAGAUAUUGCUGGAGAUGUUUUAGAUGAAGCCAAUCUUCAGAAGAGGGAUCAUGCAUCUUCUGGUAGGCUCAGUUGAGUACAUAAGCUAUGUCUGGCUAAGUGAUGGUGAAGUAUUACAGACCCCUUAGGAUUUUACUAUAGGAGGUUAGAUCAGGCUUGGCAUUGUUGAUUUUAAGUUGAGUUGUUGAGAUUGACCAUGGAGUGGAAAGGGGCUUGCAUUGAUCCAUGUGGGCUCGUUGAAGAAUAGUAGUGAGGUACUUGGAUUGAGACAAGAUGAAACUUGUGAAAACUUGCAGAAUUUUUAUACUAAGAAAAUAUUUUUACUUUUCCAAGAUCUUUAAUGGCAAAAGUAUUAUGAAGACAUGAGAUAAUAGAAUUUAUGAAUUGUUGGUUGGGUCCAAUGAGUAAUAAAUCAUCAACAUAUAUAAGAAUAAAAAGAUGUUCAGAAGUAGAGAAAAAAAGAGAGGGAUUAGUUUUCGAUCUAGAAAAACCUAAUUUAAUUAGUUAGGAAGAUAAUUUCGAAAACCAAGCUCUCGGGGCUUAUUUAAGACCAUAAAUAAACUUGUUUAAUUUACAAACAUGAUGGGGUAAGAGAGAAUUUUGGAAACCUUGAGGUUAGACUAUGAAGAUAUUUUUUAUCAAAUCUCUAUGUAGGAAGGCAUUUGACACAUUCAAUUGGUGGAUGUACCAUUUUUUACUACUAGCAAUAGAGAAGAGAAUUCUUACUGUUGUGAUUUUGAUAACAAGAGAAAAGGUAUCAAAAUAAUCGAAUCCUUCUUGUUGGGAGUAGCUUUUGGCUACUAAUUGGGCUUUAUAUUUGUCUAUAGAGCCAUCAGAUUUUAAUUUUAGCUAGAACACCCAUUAACAGCUUAUGAUAUUAGUAUUGGAAGGUUGUGGAACUAAUGUCCAAGUGUUGUUAUUAAUUAAGUCAUCAUUCUCGAAGUUCAUGGCUUGUCUACGGGGGAUGAUUCCAAGCAGAAGUGAAAUUAUUUAGUUCUUUAUGAGAUAAUGUAAGAUGAUAGCAUUGAGGAAGAGGAUGUUUUGUGGAUAAUGUUGCUAAAUAGGAGGAAGCCAUAGGGACAGUGGUAGUGUCUCUAUAAAAGGUACUAAUCCUUUAAAAUUUUACAAGUGGAGUGGAAGAAGUUGUUUGAGAGUUCUGGUUUACUAGUGUUUGGAACGGUGACUUAGUCAACGGUGAUGAAUUGUGCAGGGUGAUGGGUGAAGAUGAGGUAGGGUCUAGUCAAGAGGUAUUUUUUGAGGAAUGUAUUGAUGAGGCUUCUCAAAUGGGAUGUGGUAUGACUAGAUUUUGAUUAGUCAUAGGUUCUAAGGUAGGUAUUGACCUAAUAAGAAUGGGAAUAGAGAUUGAAUAUUAGUUAGAAGUUUGGAUUCGAAUUGAUGUAUAUAUUGGAUAUGAUCUGGGAAUGCCUCUAUCAGUUGUGGAAGAUGUUGUGGGAGUGUGAGAUGUGGUGGAAUGUGGGAAGACAUUUUCAUAGAAGAUGACAAGUCAAAAUAUGUAAAUUAUGCCUAAUUGUAGAGACUUAGAUUGAUAGUCAUGGUGCUGGGAGCUAUAGCCUAAAAGGAUACAAGCUUCAGAUCUAUUAUCUAGCUUGUGUAGGGCAUAAGGUCUAGUGUAAGGGUAGCAUAGGCAUCCAAAGGUUUUAAGGAAGAGAUAAUCCGGGUUGAUUUUGUAUAAGACUUCAAAAGAACUUUUAAAUUUUAAGAUACGUAGUAGGCAUGCAAUUUAUGAGGUAAGUGGUAGUACAUAUUACUUCAUCCCAAAAUUCAUGAGACAUGAAAGCUUGUUUUAGGAGAGAUAAGGUGGUUUCUACAAGGUGUCUAUGUUUUCUCUAAACAAUACUAUUUUAUUGAGGAGUAUGUGGCAAGAUAUCCUAUGACGAAUCCCUUAUUCCUUAAAAAGUUUGGUCAACGCUUGAAACUCACCACCCUAAUUAGUUUGAAAAUAAUUUUUUUGAAUAAAUAAUCGUUCAACUUUAGCUUGAAAUUCUUGAAAGGUUUGACAUACAUCAGUCUUAUUUUUAAGUGGAUAUAACCAGGUAAAUUUACUAUAAUCAUCAAUAAAUAUCAUGCAAUAUAAAAAACCGAAAUGCGAGGCAAUUGGUGAUGGACCCCAUAGAUCUGAAUGAAUUAAUUCAAGGGGUUUAGUGGUGGUAUGAGAAGAAUUUGGAAAAGAAAAUUUGUGAGACUUUGAAACAUGACAAGCAUAACAAAAGUUAUUUUUAGGAAGAUGAAACAAAAGAAAGACCAUGUUCAUUGAUCAAUUUGUUCAAAAUUCAGAAUUGAGGAUGUCCUAAGCAUUGAUGCCAAGUGGAGAUGGUUGUUUUCUCCCCCAAGUAGGCUGAUGGCUGAAUGUGAGGUUGUAGGAGAUAGAGACCAUCUUCAAUUGUCCCUCAGAGGAGGAUUUUGUGGGUUUUCUCGUCCUUCACAAGGUAAAAAUUAGCAUCGAAUUUGAUAAAAAUAUCAUUAUCAGUUGUAAAUCUUUUAACAGAUAAUAAAUUUUUCUUAAUGUGAGAAACAUGUAAGAUAAUAUUUAAUUUUAAAGGAGAAGAAUGAGUUUUUAAGACGGUAGAUCUAGUGGAGGAGAUAGUCAUACCUAUGCCAUUACCUACUUGGAGCUGAUCACAACCUUGAUAUGGAGUGUGAUAUUGAAGAGUGCCUUGAUCAGAGGUGAUAUGAUGUGUGGCACCACUAUUUAGAUACCAAUUUGAAAGAGUCGGUUGUGCAUCGUAAGUAGUGGCCAAGUAUGUUUGAGGUUGAGGGUUGAGGUGUGGAAGAUUCAGAAUAGGUAGGUGAAAGGAGAAUUAUUGUUAUUUUCGAGUGAUGUGACUUAGUCAUUGUAUAGUAAAUCACGCAAGUUUAAAAUUUAUAAAACUAAAAAAUACUAAUUUCUAGAUAUUUAGAAGUAUUUCUGAAUAAAUAUAUCAAUUAUAAUUUAAUAAAAUUUCUAAAAAUAGUGAUAAUUUUCCAAGUUGAUCAUAAGGAUGUAAUAUAAUAUUAGGUAAUUGUUUAGAAUUUUACUUAAAGAAUAUGAUUUUCUAUGAAUUUUAUACAAGAAAAUAAAAAUAAAAUAUAUUUAAAAUUCACGAAAAAGAGAAAUAAGGGUGCGGAUGUCAAGAUGACAUCAGCACCUAACGAACGCGAAUUGGGCAGAAAUAGAGGUACGUCCAGCAAUUCUUACAUAAGCGAUUAUAGACAAUUUAAUUGAUCAAAUUAAGAUCUAUAAAAGCCAGAAGAAUCGUAAUUGAAUGAAGUAUGACUUGAUAAUUUGAAUCACACAAAUUAUUAUUAAAUAAAGUAAAAAUUAAGUUGAAAGCAAGAAAAUAAAGUUUUGGUGUCGCGGCAACGAUACAUCGGCGAUGUACUGGAAUCUUGAGUAUUCGAGAGGAUCGUCGUGUAGUGUCCAUAGCCUCAAAGGCUCUUCUUGGACAAUGAUGACGUGGGCAAUCUCCAAAUCCCUUUGCGAAGUUUAGAGAUCAAUGAAAUGGGUUGUCGAAUCGUCACUAGUAACUGUCACCCGACGGAGCAGAAAAAUGGUAACUUUGUAGCUCUCUGACGACUGUCACCCAAUAGAGAGGAGUUGGAUAGAAGUGGGAUGCAUGUUAGGGAGCUUUAUCUUUAGGUCCACACAGCAAGAGAAGGCUCUUCAUUGUAUUCGGUACGCUCUCAAGAGGUGGUGACUUGUCUCAUAGAGGAUCAUCCUCUUCUCGAUGAUGGCUUGUUUGUCAGUUAAUCAAAGAUGAUUUAUUAGAUGGAUUCACGAUCCUUUUAUCACAAAUCGUUCAACAAUUUUAGUAACAAUACUCUAUGAAUCACGUUGACGAGAUUUUUGUCGAUGAUUCAACAAUUCUGACGGCUUAAUCUUUUACCAGGAAUUUAUAGAAAAGUCACGAUAAUCAGAUAAAAAUACGAAUUUUGGCUAUGGGAAGAUUUGAACCUACGCUGGUUGUCCGCCUAUAUGAGAGAGAUUAAAAUAAGUACUCUAAUGCCCUUAUCAAGUGACGUCAUCAUGGUAUAUCUUUAUUAUAAAGAAGGGAUAGUUUAGGUAUUCAAAUCUUCGAAGUUUUUUAGGGGAAGGUGUGAUGCGAGUUUAAUCCUACAUCGCUUGUGCGCCGAAGUUUUGGGUGAAUAUAUAGUAAUAUCACAUUUCUAAAUAAUGAGUCUCUUUCUCUUGCGUGUAUGACCACUUUCUUAUCCCACAGCCGACUGACCACUAGUGAUGUGGAAGGGGAGUGACACACGCGUGCCCCCAUCUGUCCUAGCCGCUCAAGCCCUUGCUCACGGCUCCCCUUGACUGUGCUUCCGACCCGCUUAUAGGUUUGGCUGGCCAGCAAGUCCUCCCCUUUUGCUAUAUUUUUAUUUUAAUUUCUUCCUUUAUCUAAAAAAUAGGACUAUAAAAAUUAUAUAAAUUCAUAAAAAAUCACAUAAUUAGCUAAAAAUUUACGUUAAUCAACUGAAAACUACUUUUCAUAAUUUAACACAAAUAUAAGUCUAUUUAUCAUGAGUUAAGACUAAAAAUAUAUUAUUUACUAAUUAUUAACUCAUGAUAAUGAAGACUUAUUAUUGGGGAACAAAGGUGGGGUUGAACUUUUCUUGGCAUUGAAAAACUCUAUGUCCAAAUUAUUAGUAGAGUUGACAGCAAGAUUGUCAAUUGCGAUUACCUCUACCUCUUUUGCUAUGAUUGUUCCUUGAUCUUCUAUUUGUGGAUUACCAAUUGAGAUUUGGGUUAUUAUUUUUAUCAGAUUGAGUAGUUUGUGCUAAAUUUACCAAGGGUGCUAUAAGAUCGGUGAUGGAAUUUUGGCUAUGUUGUUGAUGAUAGGUGAGAUUGGCUUUAUAUGAGCAAAGGCUUGCUAAAAUCUCUUCAAAACUAAGGUGAUCGAGAUUGGCAUUGAUGCUAAUGUUGAAGGCUGAAUACUUUGACUCGAGUCCUCAAAGGAAGGCACAAAUUUGUGAAGUUUCAUCCACUGGUUUAUCAGCUAAAGAUAAUUCUUUGGUAAGCUUUUUGAAAUUGUGAAUGUAUUCUUCAAUGGACAAAUUGCCUUUGAUGGUGUUGUGAAGGCAACAUUGAAGAUCCAUGAUUCGAGAACAAUCAAAGGAAGAAUAGACUUUUUGUAUAGCAUUCUAAAGAUCCUUGGAUGUAGUUUUGGUGUCAAGCUUGGAGAGCACGAUCUUGGAGAUGGAGUUCAUGAACCCUAAGACUUGUUCAUCAUUACGCCAUCAUAGUUGAUACAUCAGAUUGGGUUCAUGAUUGAUCAGUUGCAAUGGUGGAUCUUGAUCAAUGUAUUUGUGUAGAUCGUAGCUGUUUAGCAAAGGAAGAAUAUAAUUUUUUCAUAUUGAGUAAUUUUUGCUAGAGAGUUUGACAGUAAUAGAGAGUCCAAUGGGAACGGCUAUGGUGAUUGAAGGCGCGGCGAUGGAGACUAUUUGAGAAGACGUUGCCAUAGUCUUUGAUAACACCUUUGGCUUUGAUACCAUGAAAGCACAAGAGACUUCAAGAAAGAAAGAUUGAAGAUCAGAGAAGAACUGGAAGAACAGAGAAACGAUAGAGGAAGAAAGGGAAAAAAGAAGAAGUAGUUUCCCUUGUUUGAUAACCGUAGCAUACAAUCGGUUAUAUAGGUAAGUGAUAAUACAGCUAAAGCUGUUGGACCUGCUUGAGUCCGUCUUAACUGUCAAUUCUGCUUACUAAAGAUAGCAGUGGGUAUGUGUCAUCUAUUUCCUUCAACAUAAUAUACUGUUGGCUGUUUAUGUUUCUGAAUUUCAAACAAGGGAAUGUGGAAGGGUCACAAAAAUAAUAUCCUUCUGCUAGAUAUAUCUUACACGUUAGUUUAUUAUAUUUUAUUUAGUGCACUUCCCCUAUAUCUUAUGACCUUAAAUUUUAGACAGUAUUCAGGUAAUGACAGCCAAGUUAAUUGGUGA